AUGUCUCUUCUUUUGCCGAGCAAGCUCUGUCUAUGUGGUGAUAUCCACAUCUGCCAUAUUUUAUGGACUCUGGUUUCUCUUUUCUUCCUUCGCAUAUAUUUCCUGUGUCCGGUCUAUCUGUUCUAUCUCUCAUUUGCUUUAGUAUCUGUUCUAUCUCUCAUUUGCUUUGCGUUCACAUCGACCAUUCUCUCUGCGUUCACAUCGACCAUUCUCUCUGCGUUCACAUCGACCAUUCUCUCUGCGUUCACAUCGACCAUUCUCUCUGCGUUCACAUCGACCAUUCUCUCUGCGUUCACAUCGACCAUUCUCUCUGCGUUCAUCGACCAUUCUCUCUGCGUUCACAUCGACCAUUCUCUCUGCGUUCACAUCGACCAUUCUCUCUGCGUUCAUCGACCAUUCUCUGCGUUCACAUCGACCAUUCUCUCUGCGUUCACAUCGACCAUUCUCUCUGCGUUCACAUCGACCAUUCUCAUCUUGCUUCUACACUUCUAUCUUUCUAUUUUUCUAUGUGGGUGUGCCAAAAAUUUAUCUUCAUAA